AUGGCCGACGACUCGCAGGUUGAGACGUCCAGCGGCGCUGCCAUCGUUACCGCUAUUAUCUUCAACGGUGCAAUUGCUCUAGCAUGUAUGGCGGUCUUCCUCUAUUUGCGCCCCCGCAACCGCCGUAUCUACGACAAACGUAUUGUAUCUUCCCAGGUGCCUGAGAACCGUAAACCCCGGGCUCUGCAAAAGGGCGUCUUUGCCUGGUUUACUGAUCUCGUGACGCGUCCUGACAAGGAAAUCCUAGCAGAAACAGGACUGGACGGUUACUUCUUUUUGCGCUACUUGCGGAUGAUGUUUUUCUAUGCCUUGGCUGGGCUGCCGCUUCUGUGGCCGGUGCUAAUGUCUCUUACGGCAACCUCUCACGGUGGACUAACUGGUCUGAACAAACUGCAGUUCGGUAAUAUCUCGCCUUCGCAGCGCAAUCGCUACUAUGCCCAUGUUUUUUUCAGUUGGUUGUAUUUCGGCCUGUUGAUUUUCAUGAUUUACCGUGAGCUUUUGCUCUACACUGCAGUAAGAGCCGCUGCUUUGACCUGCCCCGCAUACCGGACGCGUAUUUCCUCCCGCACAAUCUUCAUUGCCAGUGUCCCCAAACACCAACUUAACGAAGCCUACUUGGCUCAGCUUUUUCCCGGAGUUGAACAUGUCUUUGUAGGCCGUGAUGUCAAGGAUCUUGAAGACCUUGUAAAACAGCGCUCUAAGCUGUUGGGCAAGGUUGAAGGUGCGGCCAACAAAGUCCUCAAGAAGGCCAUCAAGGCCCGUAUGAAGGCUGGUGGUGCCGGUAGUGAUAACCUCGACGACUAUGUUAAAAAGUGGCCUACACAUCGCUUGAAGUUCCUCAUCGGAGAAAAGGUCGAAACACUGGAAUACGCCAAAAAGGAGAUCCCCGAGCUCAAUUCCAAAAUUACUAGCAGCCAGAAAUCUGUCGAUUCGAAAGAGCCCCUGUCUGCCGCUUUUAUCACUUUCCAAACCCAGUCCCAAGCAGAGGCAGCCAGCCAAGUUCUCUCGUCCUCAGAGCCUCUUCGGAUGACUCCCAAAUUCAUCGGACUGACGCCCGACGAAGUGUACUGGCCUAACUUGAGAGUGCCUUGGUGGAAACGUAUGCUCCAGGCAACCGGUGCUGCGUGGAGUGCUACUUGUCUUAUUGUGUUUUGGGCUAUCCCUGUCGCUUUUGUUGGUUUUAUUUCUCAAAUUGACCAGCUCAUUGCUCUUUUCCCUUGGAUGUCUUUUCUCAAAAAGUUGCCCUCGGUAUUGUAUGGUCUUGUAUCGUCGCUUUUGCCCAUCAUUUUGCUGGCAGUGCUAAUGAUGCUUUUGCCCAUCAUCAUCCGAAUGCUUGCCAAACGCGCCGGAGCACCCAGCAACACUCACGUCGAGUACUACACUCAGAAGGUCUACUUUAUCUUCCAGCUUGUUCAGGUCUUUUUCGUUACAACCGUCGCAAGUUCCGCAAUGGCUGUCUUACCGGUCCUGGUCCAUGGUGACAGUGUCGACGUCUUGGAAAUGUUGCAAAACAAGGUGCCUGCUGCAUCCAAUUUCUACAUUUCGUAUUUCUUACUGCAGGCUCUUGUACCUUUCGGAAUGGGGAUGCUGCAAAUUGUUGCCGUGCUGCUCUAUUAUGCCUUUUCCAAAUUCCUCGAUGGUACCCCUCGCAAGAAGUGGAACCGUCAGAAUGGUCUUUCAUCUGUCGGAUGGGGCACUGAAUUCCCCCCAUACACCCUGCUGGCGUGUAUCACGAUCAUUUACUCGAUUAUUGCCCCCUUCUUGUUGUUAUUCGCGGCUCUUCUCUUCGGCUUGGCAUAUGUGCUCUACUUACACAACCUCACCUUUAUCUCAAAACCGUCUAAUGGACGUGGUAUCUUCUAUGCCCGUGCCAUCAAACAAUUGUUCGCGGGCUUGUACACUGCUGAGCUCUGUUUGGUAGCACUUUUCGUGUUUUCCAAGCGCUGGGCGCCCGUGGUGCUCGAAGCUGUAAUGGUGUUGGUUACCAUAUACGCACAGAUGAAGCUUGGUGAAGCAUUUAAUCCUAUGCUGUUGAAUUUGCCUCGUACCCUGACAUAUGUUGAGGACGUGCCACUUCUUGGUUCGGAUGAAGCUCUUGACGAUGACGACCUGAACCAUGCCAAAGGACAUAAACGCGUUUCCUCUGAGGACGCUUUGAUCGAUUUAGAAGCAGGAACCUCUACGGCUAACGGUAGCGAGUCUCGCUCCUUCAAGGAUCGUAUUUGCAACUUCCUCAUGCCCCACAAGACACUCACCCCCCACGUGCUGAGACAAACUUUACUUUCGGAUCCUGUUUGGACUACGCGUCCAACUCCUCUCACCGCGGAAGAAGAACGUGUCGCGUAUCUGAAUCCUGCCUUUGGAGAUGACGGUGAUGUGGUCUGGCUCCCCAGUGAUCCUUACGGCUGGGCAGAACAAUUGGCUGCUCAACUGCAGGCUGCUGGCAUCAAGGCCCACACUGAUGGCGCCAGAGUCGACCUGGGUGAGAAAAAGGCAGCUCUGGAAGUCGGGGAUGCAAACGUACCUAUCUAUUCGCCUGAAGCAGACUACUAA